GAAGACAGUGACCAAAAGAGGAAACACAGUUCACUGCUCAGACCAUGCUGAACCUGACUUCUCACCAAAUAUCAAGCAGACGCAGAGGAUGCAGCAAAUGGAGGUAUCUGAUUAUGUUAAUGAGCCACCGAAACCAAAGCAGAAAGGCAGUGGGGAUGCUAAUCAACCAGAGAGAAGACUCUGCCAGAUGGUUAUCUUCAGCUUUGGGCUGCUGUGCGUCAUACAAGCCAUUCUCAAUGUUUCUCUACGCCUGACAUUUUCAGAUGUUGAGGCUGGUUUCAAAAACCUGACUGAGGAGAGAGAUGACCUGAAGAGGAAGCUGAAUAACUUAGCUCAAGGAGGAUGGGAGUAUUUCAGAGGUAGUUUCUACUACAGUUCUUCUAUGGAGAAAACCUGGCAAGAGAGUAGAGAUGACUGUCUUCAAAAGGGUGCAGACCUGAUGAUUAUCAACAGCAAAGAAGAACAGGAUUUCACAAGAAAAUAUCAGAAGAGACUGUGGAUUGGCCUGACUGACUCAGAGACAGAGGGGAUGUGGAAAUGGGUGGAUGGGACUCCACUGACCAAAAGCUACUGGAAUUCAGAGGAGCCUAACGGUGGGGAAAGGGAGAACUGUGGGCAAAUAUUUCAUUAUGAUUUAGAAAACAGCUGGAAUGAUGAAAACUGUUCCAGCUCAGUGUACUGGAUCUGUGUAAUGAAAGUCCGUAGAUAACUCUGCAACCAAUCCGACCAGACAGAAAACUUAAUAGAAUAAAUAAAUUGCUGUUUUUCUAUAGUUCAGUGCAGAUUUACAUUUUCACAAAAGCAACCUGAAUAUGCUCAUGUGGACACAUCAUUUCCAAGUGAAAAUCAUUUCCAGCUCAGUGUGAGAUAAUCUGAAGCCUGGUUAUUUGCGCUGCAGUAAAGUGACCUGUUAACAUCUAGAAACAAAUGUCCAACGAGGGUCACUGCUUUGGCUGAAAAAGAAGAAGAAAAAAACUGCAAUAUGUAAUACAUGCUUUGAUUCAUUGCUUGCUGAAUGAAUGCAUAAAUGUUUAUGUGUGCGUCUGACCACAUCACAGGG